AUCACCACGUGGCAAACCAGAAUCUACCGUCAUUAUUUGUAUAAAACAAACCAGCGCGUGGUCUCCACACACGAUUUACCUUCUUUUUUUUUCUUCUUCCCUCUUUCUUUCUCUCAGAACAAAGCCAAAAGCAUAAAACCCAUAAAAAUCCUUAUUAGGGUUUUUAACGACCGUUCCGUUUGCGAACAAUGAUAUAGAAGCCAAACUGUAAUUUGGAUCUGUUCUUUUAUGCCGGAAAAAGCAGAAGGUUAUAACUAAAAGGGCGGAGAAAUAAGCGAGAGAAAUGGGCCAGGCAUUUCGUCGAGCGACUGGUAGGCUUCGAUUGGUGGACCAAUCACAACCCACAAAAACAAGGAGACCUUUGGGUCCCACCAACGAACAGAAGAUUUCCAGACCUUCCCAGCAUGAAGAUCUCGACCAUGGAAGAGUUAAUCCUGAGAAUGUACUGGAAGAAAGAGAUCCCAAGUAUGAUGCAAUGCUUAGUCAAAUGGUGGGUAGGAUUUCAGCUAAGCCUGGUGGCAAACUUGAGAUGGGUGAGGCAUUUGUGGCCGAAAAUCCUACCAGACCCUUGCCAAAAUUGCGGAAUACAACGACUGAGUCCGGAAGGUAUGAAGAAAGACCCACACCUCCAGGAACCUUGAACGUAAAACAGCUACACCACAUCAUGCUACUAUAUCAGGGCAAGGCUGAUGAUCAUGAUGGUGCCAUGGAUGUUAACCGGAUUGCAGAGAAGUUCAGACUGGAUGUUGCUCAGGUCCAAACGAUCCUGCAAUUCAUAUCCCUUCCUCCAGAGGACAACACCAAGUCCAAAAAGCACCAAUAAAGAAGCCUGACUUUCAUUUUCCUCUUAUUUUGAAGUUGGAUUUUGUAUUUGAAGUUUAUCAUUUGACAAAAUAGAUCAUAUUUGGAACUUGGAUGUUCACCCUGAUGGAUAUACUGUAUGAUAAAUUUAUGAUGUAGUUUUUUUUUAUAAAAAAUAAUGGAAAGAUGGUUGGUUUUAC